CAAAUGUAGACCAGUAUCGGAAAAACUUCCAGCAUCGUUGGAUGGCUGGAAUGCUGGAUGCAACACCGUAGUUUGUUCAGUUUCAGUGUCAAUUGGCUUCAUCAUGAUUUCUGUCAAGUGUGCAUUGAUCUUCCGAAUUAUUUUCUUUACCUUCUUCUUAUUCAAUGUUGGAUCAAGUAGUGAGCCGGAUUACCCUGACACAAUAAGAACGCAACUGCGAUAUGCUCAUUCGUUCGAUCCAUUGAACCCUUCGUUUGUCAAGAUUGAGAAGCAGAUUCAGGACGAAUUAAUUGAAACAACAGUCAUCAAUUCCCGCAAUCGGGCAGCCACAGACACGAUUAAAGUCGCCGAGUUGAACGAUCCAAAUUUAACCCUCAAUCUGACGCAAACGCUUGCCCCAGGAUUAGCGUUGAAUGCGGAUAGUUCUGUUUGCUAUGACGAUCUGGGAUGUAUCACUCGCUUCUCGUUCGCCGACCCAAUUUUAUGGCCGAUUAAUUUACUACCUGAAGACAGGGAAAAAAUCGACACACAUUUCACGCUCAGCACAAGAGAUCAAUCAACCCCGUGGCCGGGAGUUUUAAUUUCUGGCAAAGAUCCCAAUGGAAUCACUUCCGCGUCUUUUAAAGCAACUCGACCAACCAAAUUCUAUGUCCACGGUUGGCUAUCCACCGGGUACGAAGAUCGCUACAAAACUUUUGUGGAAAGAUUAUUAGCAAACGGAGAUUUCAACGUAAUCGUCGUUCAUUGGGGCGGCGGUGCAGAAACCAGUUACAAUCAAGCGUUCGUCAACAUUCGUCUUGUGGGCUUGGAAAUCGCCUUCCUUGUUAAAACCUUGGUUGGAAAAUUAGGAGUUACGCCAUCAGAUGUUCAUCUAAUUGGACAUAGCCUUGGAGCACACACAUCUGGGUACGCAGGAGAAAAAAUUGCCAACCUAGGCAGAAUCACAGGUUUGGAUCCGGCUGGGUGGUAUUUCCGAAGAAUGCCAACCUUUGCUCGUUUGGAUCCCUCUGACGCUCAGUUUGUCGAUGCUGUUCACACUGACGGGGAAGGUAUCUUAGCUGUUGGUCUGUUGGAGCCUUUGGGUCAUCUCGACUUUUAUCCCAACGGCGGGGGGCGUCAACCUGGCUGCAUAUUAUCAGAAUUGCGAUCGGCGAAAAAUCUUUCAAGUAACAAUCUCAUUGAUGAUGUAACUAACGCCACUUCAUGCAGCCACAUGAGAGUCCUUGACUUGUACAGCGAAUCGUUUCUCCCUGACGCAUGUCAGAGUAUAGCAUACAAAUGCUCCGACUAUGAAUCUUUCCAGAAGGCUGAAUGCACAUCUUGUGGAUCAGAUAAUAGCCAGUGCACUCCGUUCGGCCUUCAAGCAAAUAACUAUCCCAUUGGAAACCAAGACAACGUCAAACUUUACUUCAACACUGGCGAAAGUUCGCCAUACUGCCGAUAUCAUUACGCAGUGAAGGUGAGCUUGGCCAAACCCAGAAGAGCCAAACCAACAGUCACCGGGAUAAUCCGAUUAUCUAUAAGUGGGCAGCAAGGCACUUUGUCAAAAGUUAAACUCCCAGCGAUAGGUCUUGAGCACGGGAAAGAUCACCGGUUUCUGUUGACUGUUCCAAAUAAUUUGGGUUCGGUGCAGAGAGUCAAUCUCGGUUGGAAGUAUUUAAAAAAGAAUUCAUUAGAUGUGACAUGCAUUUUGAGGCUUUGCACCCAGAGAUUAUACGUCAAUAGCGUCACCAUUUCGUUGAUGAACAGCUAUCCGGAAGAAACGAUUAAAGCCAACACUUUAAAGAUCUGCCCGCAGUCUUCACCUGGAGUUAUCGGCCCUUUUUUCAGUUUGGCUUUCGAUAGUAGUUGCCCAACAACCCUGCCAACAUCGUUUAAUUUAUUAAGUUACCUUAGGCCUUGGACUAAUUGGUUAGGUAUUUAA